CCACAAAAAAAUAAAAUAAAAUAAAAACAAAACAAAACUGAAACGAGGCAAAAAAAAUCGGAACGUUCUUGCGAAGAAAACUACCUUCACAUAAUGCACAUUUCAAUACUUGCACUGUCGCGUCCAUAAUUUUAUUUUAGUGUAAUACCUAUCAUCGUCGCUGUCGUCGUAGUCGUCGCCGCGAAAGUCCGAUAGUAAUUUGUACACGGCCAUUACUGUUAUUUAUAAAUAUCUGAUUUAUCCAAAUCGACGUGCGUACAUCCGGUUACUUUUCAUCGUUCUUCAAACAGAAUAUUAUUUCGCAUGUUGUCACGCCUACAUGGUGAGUACUCGGUCGGUAUUAUAUUACCCACCGCUGUAUAGUAAUAAUAAUAAUAAUGUGCCGUCAUAUCGAGCGCCGCUUUUGUGUACAGUUCAAAAUCGCGUCGUCACGUCGACGUCAUCCAUUUUAAUAUCGUAUUAAUAUAUAUUAUAUUGUGUUUGGACAAUCGAACGACGUGCGCAGAAUCACCCUGUGUGAUUUUAUUGUGAUUUUCGCCGGCCGACCGUGCCGCGUGCGAAAACCUUUAAUAGCGGCGGCGGCGGCAACGACGGCAACGACGACGACGACGACGACGACGGUGGCGACAACGACGACGCGACAGGACGAGAUCAGAACUCGGCGGCGGCACUCCCUCACCGACAACACCCCGACAGACUGGCACCGCAUAUCAUGUCCUCCGCCCGCAACUACGUGAAACAUUCCGUUCGGUAUUUUGGCGAACCAAUUAAAAUUUACAAGUGUUUUGUGUAAUGGGAAAAUGAUGCUUGGAGGAUGGGGUCGAAGUCCUGGGAGCAGUGGAUCCGUCCCGCCGUCAGGACAACGUACCGGUCACCGACUAUUACCAUUGCCGUUCAACAGAUCUGGAGGUGGCAGUGGAAGCGGCGGAAGCGGUGGCAGAGCAGCCGAAGCUGAAGAUGUCAUGGGACAUUAUGGACGAACCAAGGGCGGAGUAAACAAAAUAAGAACUGGCUUGUAUUAUUCUCCACCAGGCACAUCUUAUACCAUACUCGAAAAGCCUCCAGCUGCCUCACCACCACCUCCACCACCUAGAGCAACAUAUCUAAGGGAGUCAUCAGCUGGCGUAUCUGGACCAAAUCACCCAGGCACUGGUAGCAAUAGUAAUCGUUCUAAUAAUGCCGGUUCACGAGGAAGUUCUGGAAAAAAGAGACCUAUUUCGCCGGAACAAGUUCUUAAAAUGUUUGCAGCACCCAAUUACAACGCAUCUUCUUCGUAUCACGUGUCUAGUGCUAAACCACAAUCACCUCCACCCCAUGGUUCAAACACAUCGCAACCACACAACAACACAUCAUCCACAAUACAUAAUGAUAAUCUUACAGUUCGUACGAUAUCAAUGUCAAGACCAAAUGCAACGUCGGGAAGCCCAUCCAAUCAAGGAUUUGGUAUUUGUGUUAAAGGUGGAGCAGACGAAUCAAAUGUUGGGGUGUAUAUAUCACGGGUAGAAGAAGGAAGUAUAGCCGAGAGCGUUGGUCUUAAGCCUGGAGAUUCAAUUUUAGAAGUAAAUGGCAGACCAUUUUCAACUAUAUCACACGAAGAAGCAUUAAAAAUUUUUAAGUCAUAUCGGCAAAUUACAAUGACAGUAAAAUGUCCAUCACCACCUCAAUCAAUGCCUACCAUGCACAAAAAGGACCACGACGAGAACACUAAUCAAGACGAUGCGUGGAAUUUGUCCAGGACGUAUUCAUGGAUUAAUCGUAAGGGUCAACCAGUCUCACCUCCUUUAGAAUAUGCCAAACCCAUUUCGCCUUACUCAAAAUGGUCCUAUACUCGAUCAUCCAAAGAUAAAAUAAGAAAAGUUGAAUUGGUGAUUGAACCGGGACAAAGUCUUGGUCUGAUGAUUAGGGGUGGAACUGAGUAUAAUUUAGGUAUUUUUAUCACCGGUAUCGAUAAAGAGUCUGUUGCAGAUCGAUCUGGACUUAUGAUUGGUGAUCAAAUUUUGGAAGUAAAUGGUCAAUCUUUUUUGAAUUUAUCACACGAUGAAGCAGUAAAUCAAUUGAAAUUUCAAAAACAAAUGACACUUACUGUAAGAGAUGUAGGUAAAGUCCCCCAUUCCUGCACAACAUAUAAUCCAGAUACAAAUUGGAACCAUUCGAUGGACAAUGCAGACGGUGCUUUGAAGUUAGGGACAUCUGCUGCAUCUCAAAUGGUAGAGGAAAAGGCUCGAAUUUUGCUGACGAAAAAUGAAUUUAAUACUUUGCGGUAUUAUUUGGACGAGUAUUCAUGUUCUCGAAUGUCUAUUGACGCAUUUAUAACUAUACUUUUUGAAUUGCUCAAUACAACUGAUAAGUUUACGCUGUUGACGGAAUUGCGCGAACUAAUAGGUCCCUCGGAUCGAGACCGUUUUGAUCAAUUGGUAUAUAGAAGAGGACGGGAAUCCAGAAAAACACACUCCCGAAAACUUGAUGGUUUUAAUACAAAUAUAUCCGGAGGCCAAAGUAAAGGAUUUGAUUUUCCUAAUGAAAAUUCUGGGAUGGAUAUUGGGACUACCGAGUAUUCAAAUUCAAAUUAUAGGACUAGUAAUGAUAGAAAAUCUGAAGGAAAACAUUCUCCGAUGAAAACUGACGAACAAUCUCAUAGAGAUAUGGAAGUGGAAGAAUUUGAAUUUAGCCAUCAAGAUUAUGGUGACUUGGAAACUGAGCUUUUACCAAGAAAAUAUCAUAACGAUUUGAUUGAUGUUGGUUAUACGCAUCGAAAUUCAGGCAUUUAUGAUGAAUCUAAUAUGACUAGGUCAUCGAGUGGAUACUUGGAGGGACUGCGAUCCCACUUAGGGGGAUGGACCCAAAAAUUGAAAUCCUGGUACUAUGGAAGUUCUCUACAAUUAUCAAACAAACAUGGGCGGUCAUAUGAUGGUAAAAAUGAACUGCUGGAUGAGGACGGAAGUUAUCGGAGAGAAAGUGGUUUUAUAGAAUCAUCAUGUUCAAAUAAUAUACAAAACGAAUCUCAGAUAAUGUUAGACCAACAAGGCAAUCUUCGUAUAAUUGUUAAAAAAAUCAAGCCAUUGCUCGGGAUUGCAAUUGAAGGUGGAAUCAAUACAAAACAUCUACUUCCGAGGAUAAUAAAUAUACACGAAAAUGGCGCUGCAUAUGAAGCUGGUGGUCUUGAAGUUGGACAGUUGAUCUUAGAAGUCGACGGCCAAAAAGUUGAAGGAAUGCCUCAUCAAGAAGUAGCUAGGCUCAUCGCAGAAUCUUUUGCACAAACUGAUAAAUCCGAAAUCGAGUUCCUUGUAGUUGAAGCAAAGAAAUCGAAUUUGGAACCAAAACCUACAGCACUAAUAUUUUUGGAAAGUUAACCGGUUGAAGAAAUGCUAGUGAUGAUAUAAAUUCCUGUUAUUAAGUACAAUGAUGAACCCCAAUAACGUAACGACCAUUAAUAAAUUAGUUGGAUACAUGCUAAACGUUUAUUUGAAUACCUUUAUUUAUUUAAUUAUUUAAAUUUAUCUACUAUAAAUUACAAGAUGGCGUGUUAUUGAUUCAACUUAAAAAAUAACAUUUCAUACUUAAGUAUUUUUAUUGAAUCAUAUUAUUAUUUUUCCAUUAAUUCUCAUUAUUAUUCUUUAAUAAUUCAUUCUCUAUCAAUUUCAUUACGAAUAUCUUAUUUUAUUUUAUUGUACUCUUGUUCAAAUUGAUAUUCAGUAAAACGAUAUAAUUAUAUUACGUCAUAUUAUUAUUAUUAUUAUUAUUACAAUAUGUUAUCUAAUAAUGUCUAAUAAUGUGUAACCGAACAAUUAUUUUUCGAAUAACCGGCCUAUUCAAUAAUAAUAAUAUACGUAAACCUACCUUGAGUACCUAUGUAUUAUGUAUAUCGUACAUUCGUACGACAUAAUAAUAUAUUAUUUUAAAUACAUACCUACUAACAUUCAUACAUAUAUAAAAUGGCCUAGUACCUACACUGUACAGGACAUACCACAGCAAUUACACUUUGGAUACAGUUUUAAAAUAUAACAAUACCUUUUAAUAUUAUAUUUUAAUUCACAGUAUUAAGUACCCUCGGUUUGUGAUUGGGUGUACACACGGAUUGGCCUAUAUUAUUAUUGUAUCUAUCAUCUAUGUUAUACGAGAGAACUACAUAGAAUAUACAACAUACAUUUUACAUGCUAUAUACUGUAAAGUAGUGAUUGAUAUAUAGGUGGCAGUAAUAAUAAUAAUAAUAAUAGAAAAGUAUGAAACGAUAAAACUUUUCGAAAAAAUGAGUGGAGACACUGAAAUCCUCCCCCGAACAGCAUAAUUUAUUCUCUCUGAAAGAAAACAUCAUCCCUUACAUUCGAUUAUAUAUAAUACAUGUAUCUAUUAUAUAUAAAGUCAAGGUUUUAUUAUAUGUAUGUGCACAUCCCCCUGUUAUUCUAAGACACUUCAACAACUGACCAUGGGUACCUAUUUUAUAUUUAUGUAUUUUAUACUUCCUUUAUAUGAUAUAAU